ACAACAACAACAACAACAGCAACAGCAACAACAACACCCGCCACUGCCCACACCGCACACGCGGCACACACGGCGUCAACCAAGACACAUGACCGUGCGCGUGCGACAUCCUGGGCACCGAAGCCCCUCAGUGCGCGCCACCACAGCAACACAGACACAUUCCCAACAAGCCUAAUCCCCACCACCAACAAUGGCACCAACAGCACCAACGGCACUUCCAUCGCAGACACUCCGGUCAUGGCUACUGCAGAGAGCCUGAACGACCUCAACUACCACCCGGACGCCACCGACCACGCAUACACGCACGCACGCAUUCGCGGGCACGCAGCGUACAACCAGGCUGAGGAGUACGACUACAGUCACGACCGCAACGCACACUCCCCGAGCCGAAGCGAGGCCUGCCUCAUUGCUAAUCACGAUCAUGACCACCACCGCCAUCACCACGCGAGCGCGAGCGUCCCCAACACCGCCAACAACAGCGACAACGAGGAAUAUGACGACGAUGAUGGUUAUGGCAUUGACGAUGCUGCGAGCGAGGGAGACCCACGAUACGCAUCGGCGCCACGCAUGACCCCAAGCGGCGGUGACCUUGAGGAUGGGGAGGACUCGCCGCUCACCGUCGCAGAGAAGUGGGCGGAACGCGAGUUUGCCAGCGCAACGCCAAACGGCAGCCCAUCACCGGCACCCACCACGCCCGUUACGGUGGGGUUGAAGAACGAAGGCGCUUACAAUGGUGACAGUGGUGGUGGUGGUGGUGGUGGUGGUGGUGGUGGAGACUGGCAGGCGGUGCAGUGGCGAAUGGGCAGCGCCAGCGCACCGACAAGUCCAGUUGGCGAUGACCUGCACACCUCGCCUCCACCACCAUCAACAACAACCGCAACAGCAGCAGCAGGAAUGACAACAACAGCCCCGGUCAAGUCGUCACUCAAGCCAUCACCAACAGCGCGGCGGGCCACACCUGCCAUCCAACCAGCUGGCACACACGCAGAUAUGGACCCGGACACGGGUGCACACGCGCACACGCACGUGCGCAUUGGGCGGCCGGAGCAGCAGAAGGAGCACGCAGUGGCGGGAAGGGCGGCCCCCUGGUCCAAGGCGCGGAACAGGGAGGGGCAGGUGCAGGUGUCCGUGAGCGAGCGCACGAAGAAGAGCAUGCAGCGGCAGGAGUCUGCGGCAAAGCGUGAGCGGGAUAUGCACGACACGAAGGACAAGCGCACUGGCGGCAGCAGCGGUGGCGGUGGUGGUGGCAACAGUGACAGUGCUGACAACGACACCAACAAAAAGAGCAAGGACAAGGACACGGAAAAGGACAAGGAAAAGGAGAAGGAGAAGGAAAAGCAGCAACAGGACGAAGACGAGGAGGAGGAAGGGGAGGAGCCGUGGCUGGUCGAACACUGGCGGCUGACACUCUGCAUCGUGCUGUUCAUCAUCGUGGCUGCCGUUGGUGUGCUGUUCCGCGUGUUCCACCCCAACACCACCAUCGCCACCGCGUCCGUUGCUGCAUGGGCCAUCUUUGUGGACUCGCUCAUCGUCCUCAUCCCCGUGCUGUGGGUGCUGGUGCACGUGUUGUCGCGCUGUCUCCUCUUCUUCAUGCGUCGCUCGCACCGCUUCCAAGUCCUCUCCUACUACAUUCGCACCAUGCGCACAGCCGUUGUCCGGUUUUUGUGGAGCGUGUGUGCGCUUGCGGCGUGGGAGGUGGUGUUUACGCUUGACUUCUUCCCACCGGCGCGCGCGUCCGGUCGCGGCAUUCGCACACGCGGGCAGCUGUGGUGGGUGGCGCGCGUCAUCACCUGUGUCAUUGUAGUCGAGGCGUUUGGAAUCGUGCGCCAGUACGUCAACAAGUCCGUCGCGCUCAAGCGCCGUGCCGAGAGCUAUCAUCAGCGCGUGCGUCAGGUCGUCAAGGCCGAGCAGCUGCUCACCCUCCUCUCCCGGCCCAUCCCGCCAAAGCUGCUGACACAGAAGCACCGCACGGCCAAGAAGCGACCCCGACGACACACGCGUGUGGUCACGUUUCAAAUGCCCGGUGGACACGCCACCAGCAGGAAGCAGCAGCAACAGUCGGGUCAACAGCCCCCACCACAAGGUGGCGGUGCUGGCGAAGUUGUGCGGCGACCUGGGAUUCUUUGGCGCAAGGCCGUCGACAAGAUGCGCGCCGAUCGUGAGCGGGCGCAACAAAAGCAGCAGAUGAAGAUGCAACAGCAGCAACAACAACAGCAGCGACGAAAUAAUCAUACGCUGACGCACGUGUCGCAGUCAGAGGCCGUGCUGUCGUCCACACUCCCCCAACAACAGCAACAACAACAGCAACAACAACAACAACAACAACAACAACAACAGCAACAACAACAGCAGCGACACGGCGCUGGUGCGACAUCUCCCGUGCGUGAUGAAGACAGGGAUUCGCUCAAUGAGUCGCAGGAAACAGACAAUUUGUUCCGCACAUUGGGCAUUCCAGGUGUGAUGGUGCAGGAACGUAUACCCUCAAAGGUUUCUCUCCAUGAGUUGGAUCUCGACAAACUCUUCCUCGACGCAAACGCGAUCCAACGUGAGCCGUUGUGGGUGUGCAAACGUCAGAAGGCAAUCCGAACUUUCAAGGACGCACGUGCGCUCGGCUCGACCAUCUUUGAGUUUUACACGCAAUUUGUGGGCGGUGCGAAGCUUGAUAAGCCGCUGGACACGCUACCCGCAUCGCUGCUCAAGCAGGCCCUCUCCCACCACCCAAAGGCGCAGGCACAGGUUGAUCCACUGCUUGACCCGACGGGCGUGAAGGAGUUGUCACGACAGCACAUCAUGUCCCGCUGCACGGAGCUCUUCCUCGAGCGCAAAAACCUGUCAAACACGCUCUCGGACCUCGAUUCCAUCAUCACCGCCAUCGACACGUUCCUGGCAUAUGUCCAGGCCAUUGUCCUCUUUCUCUCGCUCAUUGUCGUCUUCAGCUCGGGCGAAUUCUCCGAAAUCACUGUCACCGCAGGCACGACGAUCCUUGCGCUGUCAUUUGUGUUUGCGGACACGUGCAAACACACGUUCAACUCCUUUGUGUUUCUGUUCAGCCGGCACCCGUUUGACAGCGGCGACCGCGUGCAGAUUGGCGGCGUUGCUCCUGCGCUGUAUGUGCAGAAGAUGGAGCUCCUCAAUACGACAUUCACGCACUGGAACGGCACCGUCACCACAAUUCCAAACCACAUCCUCUACCAAAAGGAGAUUUACAACAUCCAGCGGUCUGGGAUGAUGUGGGAUGAGAUGAUCCUCAAUGUCGACUACCGCACGCCGACAUCGAAGCUCGAUGCGCUCGAGGAGUCAUACAGGCAAUGUCUGCGCGAUCACCCAAUUGACUUUGAUGAGAGCAACAGCUUCUUCCUCCUCUCGCAGCUCGAGGAUAUGAGCAGACUCACGAUUGCGAUGUACUACGCACAUCGCACAAACUGGCAGAAUGGUGAACACGUCUUCCGCCGCUCCAUCCUCCUCAAACACCUCAGGGCUGCGUGCGACAAGCUUGGCGUUGCGUACUACCCACCUGUGCAGCGUGCAGAGCUGCUGACGCCCUACCCUGCUGGACUCGGGCCCCAGCAGCAACAGCACCAGCAGCAACAGCCACAGCAGAUGAGCGGUGGUGGCGGCGCUUUCAGAGCACAACCCUGAUGAUGAUGAUGAUGAUGAUGAUGAUGAUGAUGAUGUGAGGGGUCCCUGUGGUGGUGGUGGUGGUGGUGGUGUGAGGUGAAAGCAGAGAGUGCACAAGUGACUUUGUGCGUUGGCAGAACUUGAGCUUGAUGGAGUGGAGAAACUUGUGGAGAAACUUACAUCUGCAUCAAGACGAUACACCUCCAACUACUUCUUCCACUUGUUAUGUUUUCGUGACGUUUGCUUGCUUGCUUGCGCGAUGUAUUCGUGUUUGUGAAGUGUUACUUACCACGCUGUUAUUCGUCCGCCUCUUUGUGACUCGCCUGUGAUGACACUUCACAUGCCCAUGCGCUGGUUUUUGUCCGGGUCAGUGUGCUGUUCAGAGUGUAGCUCGGUCUGUUAGUUCGGUGAUUUUCGUCUGCUAUCAUGUCUAAUGUAACGUUGUGCGCAGUGGCACGCAUCGCACGCAGAAGGACACAGUUCUUCCACAACAGAGAACACACCCAC